AUGGAUUUUGAUGCUAUUUUAGAAAAACUAGGAGAUUUUGGUCGUUACCAAAAGUGGCUGUACUCUCUUAUCUGUAUUUCAUCAGCGUUUGUGGGUUUAUUCGCCGUAAUUUCAGCAAUCCUUCUUGGUACACCAGAACACAGAUGCAAGAUACCAGGCUAUGAUAAUGACACUUAUCAUAUACAGAAUGACGACCACCUUACACUCAUCAACAAGUUUAUACCUCCGUCGUCGGAUGAGACCUACUUAUACGACCAGUGUCACUUGUUUGUCUACAACGUUACGUCAGUUACGUUCGACAACUCCAGUCACCCAAUCAAUGCAACAAAGAUACAAUGUACUGAAUGGGUUUACAGUGACGAUGUGUUUAAAGAAACAUUUACAUCAAAGCAUAAUCUUGUCUGUGAUGACUCCAAUAAGCCACCCCUAUCAAAGUCUUUAUUCUUUGUGGGGAUUCUGAUAGGUGCGUUCACCUUUGGUAACUUAUCUGACGGAAUCGGACGGAAAAAAACAUUCUACAUCGGAGUCAUUCUUAUGUUGGCCUCAACUUUGGCUUUAGCGUUCAGUCCAAACUAUAUUGCGUUCGCCAUAUUCAUGACCGCUAUAGGGGCGACAACUCAGGGAGUCUUCUUAGUCGGAUUUGUGAUCGGAAUGGAACUUGUAGGACCCACAAAGCGAACGUUUGCCGGAAUCGUCAGCGAGUACUUCUUUGCGUUGGGUCUAAUAAUCCUGUCUGGAAUAGCUUACUUAAUUCGUCACUGGAAAUAUAUAGAGAUAGCAUGUGCUGCUCCAUUCAGUAUUAUCCUGACCUAUUGGUGGCUAUUGCCGGAGUCGCCAAGAUGGCUUAUUACCAAACAUAGAUAUGAAGAAGCCAAGGUCGUCCUACAGAAGGUAGCCAAGGUGAACAAGGUCGUGUUAAAUGAUAAUCUGUUACAAGUAUCGGACAAGGAAACUGACGACGGUAAACAAAAUGACGGGAGAGUCUGGCAGCUCUUUACCUCACGGGUGUUAUGCUUAAGAACUUUGGUGAUUUUUGUAAAUUGGUGCAUGGUGACAAUGGCCUAUUAUGGUCUGUCCCUUAACUCCGGUAACCUUGGGGGUAACUACUUCUUGAACUUCUUCCUGUCUGGUCUGGUGGAGUUCCCGGCCUACACUCUUGUCAUGCUCUUGGUGGACAGGGUUGGGCGGAAGUGGCUUCAUUGCAUCAGUAUGAUCAUGGGCGGGUUGUUCUGCCUCUCCACAAUAUUCCCUAUUCUGUAUUUAGACAAAAAAUAUCAGCCCCUGACCACAACUCUAGCCAUGUUGGGGAAACUAGGGGCUGCGGCAGCGUUUGCCAUCAUAUAUAUGUACUCCGCUGAGCUAUUCCCAACUGUAGUGCGUAACGCAGGGAUGGGAGCGAGCUCUUGUGUUGCCAGAUUAGGGGCCAUUGCAGCGCCAUUCAUUGCUGAUUCGGGAGAUAAAAUCGGGGGCAAAAUGGGGAAGGCCUUCCCAUUAGUCGUGUUUGGAGUAGCGACUAUUGUGGCGGGAGUUCUUGCUUUACAUUUACCGGAAACCCUGAAUCAAGAUCUGCCGGAAACCCUUGAAGACGGAAUUUUAUUUGGAACGUCUGCUUACAAAAGCAAGAAAAAGGAUGAAACUACCCUGGCCACCAUCAAUACAGCGUAUGUCCAUGAUGAUGAAAAUGUUACGUCGAACGCUGAUGGUGACAUGGUCUCUAAACUAUAGGCUACAUCAUGCUGAUAAUACUAUAAUUAGUAUUUAAAUGCUAUUUAUGUCUUAGGUCUGCCAGCAGUCUUUAAUAAAACCGAUUAUGUAAAA